GGUACACCAUGACUGCUGCCUACUGCGUCUGCUCAGUACCCGUGGGAGGGCUGGGGUGAGGAUCUUGGAACCCUGUCAUCCAGAUCAAAGCCUCGGCACCCACCACAGGGAGAGAGGACACCCACAGCUUGGGGCUGCAGGGUGGCCUGGCAAAAGGGACCUCCCAGGGAGAGCCGGGUGCUUCCUGCUCUCAGCGCCAGGCCAGCCCUGCUUAACACCCUGGCAGCACACCCUGGCUCUGGUGUCACCAAUGUCACCAGUGCACAGGGUCCUGCUCUCUGGAGGACAGGCCAGCUUCUAACCCUUGCCAGUGCUGGAAGGGUCAGACCUGUCCCAGUCGCAUGUGUGAAGCAAGGCCUUGUUCAUACCUGGCUGGCUCCGAGGUAGCCCCUGGGCCCCACUGAGGACCUCAGCUGUGUGGAUUCCGGUUGAGGCCCCAUGUGUCACCUGACAUUUGCAGGCAUAUCACGCUCCACCGAGCUCUUCUCACACGGCAACCGCUCCCUCACCCCCCAGCAGACCUGUGAGGUCACUGAUGUUUCUCCAUUUCACAGUUCGUGAAACUGAGACUGUUGUCAUCGGGAUGUGGCUGCUAUCACACAGCCAGGUGCAGCAGAGCCAGCCCGGUGAUCCUGUGUGUCUUUUGGCCGGUGUUGUGGCUUCUCUGCUGGGCAUGCCUGAGCUGGGGACACGAGAGGUGGGACAGGGUCCCUCCAGGAGGUGGCCUGCUUUAGAGGGCCUGGGGACACAUUGCCCUCAGCUCCCUCAGUGUCCAGGGCUCUAAAGGGGGCUGUGCAGGGCUCUGGGCUGGGCUAGGUCUUCAGGGACUGCUGGGGAGGGCGCCGUGUGGACACAGCCUGCUCCCUCUCCUGGACAGGUUACCUGUCCUACAGACAGGAGCCUUCCCACAACCCUGCCCCUGCCCCCAACCAGCAUGGGGUGCACCUCUCACCCCAGGUCCCUGUACCAUAUUUUCUUUGCCACCUGGUGCCAUUUAACAAGAGAAUUGGCAUCACACUCUCCAGCGAGGACCUGGGAGCCUUCCAAGUGCUGGGGAAACGCGACUUGUUACUGCUGCCAGCUUCCUGCCGAGCUUGGCAGGUCCUGGAACCAAGAGACCGCCUCAGGAUGGGGGUGGCCUGCCCCUGCCUCCCAGUAGGACCGAGUAAAUGUACAUGACAGCCUUCAGACCUGCUGUCCCCAGAAGGCCAGGGAUGGACAGACAGGGAGUGGUUGCUUCCCAUCACCUGGAGGCCCAUGGCAAUGUCCUGGAGGAGUCAGGGAGGUAAUGGGUCCAUCCUGGUGCCCAGUAUAUGCCUGGAGUGGCACCUGGGGCUCCAGUGGGAAGAACAGGAAGCUGGCAUGGCUGUAGCAGGACAGCCUGGCCUCAGGGAAGCUGCUCGCUUCUAUGGAAUGGGUCUCGCUGACUGAAGGCCGAUUUUUGUUUUCUUGGUUAUUUGAUAAGGUCUCUGUGUCAUUCAGGCUGGCCUCAAACUCGUAGUGAUCCUCCUGCCUCAGUUUACCUGGUGCUGAGAUUAUAGGUGUGUACUGCCAAGCCCAGCCCUGACGUGGUUUCUCAGAGUGGGCAAGGACCCCACGCUGCAGGAUAGAAUGUGUGGCAGCCUGAGGGCCCCCUCAUGGGUGAUGCUCCCUCUGCUGGGCUUGGAAGCCACAGGAACCCCUGGCUUUCAUGAACCUGGCUUUCAUGGCCCUGUGGUCUGGGUACGAUGUCUGAGAAUCUGGCAGGCUUUGCUUAAGGGCACAGGUUUGUUUGCCUCCUUAAGCCAUCUCCUUGCGGUGAGCUGAAGCCCUCCCAGUGAACUCCCAUCCUUGCAGUGAGGAGGGCGCCCUGCAGGCUGGCACUGGGGCUCUGCUGUCUUGGCAGGCGCUGGCACCUGGCCACAGAGGAAGUGGUACUGGGAAAGGAGCUAGCCCGGGAGUCCCACAGUGACCUGGGCCGGUCACUUCCCCCCAAACCCCACCUGCUGUACCUGGACCCCCAGGGGCUGAGAAUCAAAAGAGCCUGACCUCAGGCUGCCCGGUAUCCACCCUCCCAGGACAGUCGCCUGGCAGGCUGGCCAGCUCGGGUGCAGUACACCCUGCCCAGCCCCAGGACAGCCCUGUGCCCUGUCUCCAGCACACAGGCUUCCAGGCCCCCUGGCAGGGCUCACCUUGUCUGGGGCACGAGCUGCUAUAACCCUGUCCCUCCAACCUCCCCAGGCCAGAAGGGGUGAAGAGGGACAGUGAGGUAGCCCAGCCCUGUGAUCCCGCCUCGGUGUGACCCAGGCAUUGUGGACCAGCUCCAUGAGGGACAAUGAAUGGCCCGUCCUCAGCACUCAAUGUCUGCACAGGAGCCAGCUCUCAGGACAAGGAGGUGCCAGAGCGCACCUCACCCCUGCCCGCUAAAUCCUGUCCUGCUUGGGUUUUGUUUCUGUUUCUCUCUUGCUGCCCAGAACCUAACCACUUGGGGGGCUCACUUAGCAUUCAGUAGGUGCUGAGGCGUCUGCCCAUGGGCUCAGCUGUGCCGCAGGAAGAACCAGCGGCUCCUUGUCCCUCCUAUGUGGUGCCGCUGGGGGACAGGGCCCUGUGGAGUUUCCUGCUCCAGCCUCCAUCCUACCACCUGGCCUCAGCCUCCUCCAGCCACACACCACUGCAUGGCCCCUGGAGGUGGGGACCCCAGCCCACAGGGACAGCCAUGUCCCCCUCCCCAGGGCCGUGCUCUGAGAAUGGCUGCCCAGCUGGGAACCUGCGGGGCCGGAGAAUGUGCGUGUGCACACGUGUGGACAGCGCAGAUCCAUGUGAUCUGGCCUUCCUGGCAGUCAGGGCUGAGGCCAGGGUUUCCCGCUUAGGCCUCACAGUGUGCAUGCGCCCUGCCACUCCUGCCACCCUCAGGUCCGAAACCCAAAGUAAUACUGGAGCUGGGCAAAGGAGUCCCCAGGGAUCACCCCAUGCCAAAACGCCAGCCCAUCUCUGUCAAGGCCUCCAUAUGUUGCCCCCGGAUUACAAAGGCACAAACCUGCCACCGAGGCUCCCUGCGGGCCUGGGCACCGCCCCUUCCUCCCAGCUUCUGGGCUUUUCAUGAGAACCCGCUCAGCCAUCGCUGCCCUAAUUAUGACUGCGACUCAUUGUGAAGCUUGGAGCGCGUCCCGGGUGUCGGCGCAGUUUCACAUCCAGUCAGGGGGCUGGGCCUCUGCCCUCCGGGGACUGCACCCCCAACAAGGCUCGUCCCACAGCGCAGCGGCCCCACUGCCCUUCCCUGUCUCCAGACGUGGGCACUCUAUCUGCUGGGUCAUUCUGGGAAAGCCCUUCACCCCCCAAAGCCUGUUUCUUCAUCUCACUUCGUUUUGGGGGGAUUUUAGAGGGCAAAGAUGAAAGGCAGUGUCCUCCCUGACGAACCCCAACUGAAUCAUCUGGUAAAAGAAAGUAUUCAGUGAAUGAAAAGAACAUGGGACGGAUUAAAGUAGAAGAGUUUCACCGUAAGGUCCCUUCCGAUUCAGGAAUGCACUGAGGUCACGUGUCAGCAUUUGAAGUAAACACUACAGGGCUGGGCAUGGCGCAUGCCAGCUCCUCUGGAGGCUGAGGCAGGAGGAUCACUGGAGCACAGGCGCUGUACUUAACAGUUCUUUAACAGAACAAAGAAAAAGUUACACUGAUUUUAGAAACUUUAACUUUCCUCCCUUGAGCAACUCUCAAAGUGACCCGUAAGAGCUCCCGGGUUGGUAGACACAUGGAGGACUUGGGAGGGAGGCCCAGGGUGACACUCACCCAGAGAAGAUGUAGAAAGCAUUCCCUCCCUAAAUGUCCUCUGGCUGUACCUGAGUUGUAUCCUUUACGAUAAGCAGAUAUUUAUGUCCAAGACUUGAAUGAAGAAAGUAAUAAAGUUGUUUGCACACCUGCAAUCCCAGCUACUCGGGAGACUGAGGCAGGAUUGCAAGUUCAAGGCCAGCCUGAGCAACACAGUGAGACCCUGUUACAAAAUUAAAAACAGCUAGGCAGGUAGCUCAGUGGUAGAGCACUUGACUAGCAUGCAGGAACUAUGGGUUCAAUCCUGAAAACAAAAUUAACAAGCUUGAUGUAAGACCAGUACUGUGGCACAUGCUGGUAAUCCCAGCACUUGGGAGGCUGAAGCAGAAGGAGCUCAAAUUCUAGGCCAGCCUGAAACUGGGCUAGCAAGACCGUGUCUCAGAAAGAGGGCAGGGGAGCUAUGAAAAGGAAUAUAUUCACGUGUAACCUAACAUUUCCCACGUUGGUGAAAUUUCUGUUUUUAAUCACUAAGUCAUCCAAAGAUUCAAGGCUUGCCAUAGCCCCAGGCCCUACUUAGAGGCCCAAGUGAAGAGAUUCAGCUGGGGUCAGCCGGAUCCCACAGGCCUUUUGCUGUUCCCACUUGGUCCCUGGCACUUGGCUCUGCGCAGACUCAUAGAACGUACCCAGUAAAUGUGAGUCAGGUGACAGCUCUGUCCCUCCCUGUCCGAGGUGAGGAGCUGUGGGUGACAGCUCCCCUCUUGAAUGGGGCCUGAGAGGCUGGAGGUGGCAGGCAGCCUUGGUGCAGCCUGCCGGGCUGCCCUCUCCCAGGGCCGGGUCUCCCACUGCUGGGGUCCCUCUAGCCUCAGCUUGCUCAGCCUGGUCCAACAUAAGGGCCUCACGGGACACCUGCUGUGUAAGGCUCUGUCCCUAAGGAGUGCAGGGAGGAACGGCGGCGACAGAGAUGGGUGUGGGUGGUGGCCCAUCAUCCUCUGUCCCAGAAGGGCCAUCCUUGCCCUGCACCCCUGCCUCAGCCCCCCACCCCCUCACGCCCACACGCACCUCCCCGCCACUUCUCCUUUGCAGCCGCCCUGCCGCCUACACCUUCCUGCCGGGGCGCUGGACCAUGGGCAGCGGGUGGGGGGGCAGUGCCUGGCCUGCAGCAUGGCCCCGGGGGGCUGCAGGAGUCCUAGGUCUCUCCAGCCAGAGCCCCCAGGAUUGGCCGUGCUCCUCUACUCGAGUCCGCUGCCACACCUUUGUCCCUUGCCCAGGCCAUGGCACCUGGCCUCUGGCCUCUGGCCGCUCCAUCCACCUCCAGUUUGUGGCAGCCAGGGAGGGCCUCAACUCGCUCUGCACUGCCAGGCCAGUCCUCCGCAGCCUGGGUGCUGCCCACGCACUCAUUGCCACCCCAGGGCUCCCGAUGUCGUCACGCCUGCCUGGCACCCUACCUUGGGCAUCCACUGUGGGUGUCCCUCGUCCCCAAGCUCCUAAAUAGUUGUUUCUCCCCCCCGCACUGUGCCCCCACCGCUGAGUGCUGGGGGAGGGGAGAUUGCUUCUUGCCCUGAGGGAGGGAGACUGUGUUGGACAGGGUGAGGAGACAAGGUGGGGACACACACAGCCCUGGGACAUGGAGUUGCAGGGCCAUAGGUUCCUCGCUUCUCUGGAUCUUACACCCUAACGGGACACUCCCUGCCCCAAGCCCUGCGUGGCGCCUCCGGGUCCUCCAGCCCGUCUGACAACGCUCCACUCACUCAUGCUGCCUGUGCUCUCCUGGCCUUCCCGGCUGGGCCCCGGGGCCUUGGGGGGUGCUCAUCAUCUCCCCUGACCAGCUCAUCUGCACCUCCCUCCCUCAAGCCUUCCUGUGUCCCCUGUGGGGACUGUACAGGAAGCCCCUGACUCUGUGCCUGCAGGAGGCUCCUGGCUGUCCACUCCCACUGCUGCCAGAGGGGACAGGGAGGAGGUCAGGGGACCAAGGGAGGGAGUGUGGCACCCAGGGGGAAGGAGACGAGACUGGGGCAGGUGAGGCACCUUCUGCCUCCCUCCCCGCUCCAUCACAGUGCAGGGGACUCUACGCAGGCCGGGUCGUCACUUUGGAGCCAUGGCAGUGGUCGUGGCAGUGGUGGUGUUGACAUCAUUUUUGGUGGAUUAAACCCAGGCCCUUCACACUGAACUCCAUCCCUGGCCCUUUAUUUUUUAGUUUGAGACAAGGGCUAAGUCACUGUUGCCAGGUUGGGCUCAAACUUACAAUGAUCUUCCUGUCUCAGCCUUCCAGAAUGGUGAAAUUGCCCUGCCACGGCCAGUCUGGGGAGUUCUUUGUCUCACUAUGCAGCCCAGAGUGGCCUUGCGCUUGUGGCAAUCCUCCUGCCUCCGUCCCUCACAUGCUGAGAUUGCAGACAUGCACCACCAGGCCUGGGUUGUUUUUUGUGUUUCUUUUUUGAUUCUUUGGCUUUUUGUUGUUGCUGAGAUGUUUGAUGUCCUGGACCAGCUCUGUACCAGCUUUGGGGAGGGCAGAGAAGGAGGGGGAGGGGCUGGCCACAAGUGACCCUAGUGAAGCACAGCAGGGUCCAUUCUGAGGUCUGUGUCCCCCAGGGUCUGGGGACCAGAGCAGAGCUCCUGUCUGACCCCCAGUGCAGCCCAGUGCCAGGCGGAGCGCCCAUCCAGCUGGCGUCUGGGGGUGACGGUUGAGUGGUUGGAUGGGGGAACCACAAAUGAAAGAGAAGGUCUGGGGUGCAGGGCCUGGUGGCGCUGGUCCUACCCCAGCAGUCCCUCCCAGCGGACAGGGCGGGGCCUCUGGGUUUCCUCUCCUCUCACGCAGCUGGAGACUCAGAACCCAGCUGUGUGAGACACUGGAGCACCAUGGGGCCGGGGAGCAGGAGCCUGAAGGGCAUGAGCGGGCCAGCGCCCACGCGCUGUGUCCAGACCGAGUGCUUUGACCACCUGGUCCGUCACUGUGUGUCCUGCAGGCUGCUCCGCACACCAGAGCCCAGAGCUGCCUCACCUCCCAUCAGCCCUCGGUCAUUCCUCCCCUCCACCCACCAGCCUUCCUCCCUGUCCCCUCCGCCAGCAGCAGGGGCCAGCAGCCAGGCACCCGGGACGGUGCUGCAGCCGCAAGAGUCGGUGGGCGCUGGGACCCCCGAGGCCAUGCUGCCCAUGCCUGGACUGCUCUUUGGGGCCCCUGUGCUGCUGGGCCUGGCACUGCUCCUGGCCCUAGUUCUGGUGGCCCUGGUGAGCUGGAAGUGGCGGCAGCGCAGGACUCAGGAGGCACUAGAAAAAAGCCAGGAUGAGCCACUGGACAGCGUCUACAUCCUCUCCUCGGGAACCCCUGAUGCCUCUGCUCCCGACUGGCCUACACCCAGAGAAGACCCGGCCACCACCCCAUCUAGCCACAGUGUCCCCGUUCCCGCCACAGAGCUGGGCUCCACUGAGUUGGUCACCACCAAGACAGCUGGCCCCGAGCAGCAGUAGCCCAGAGGGAACAGGAGAGGACCUUGUCCUGCUUCCAGGCUUCGACCCAGGGCCUGGAAACGAUUGGGACCCUCACCUAGGGCCAGCGGCCCUUUGCCUGGGACCCGGGCUGCCUUGUGCAGCCAGCCAGAGCGGCUCGCUGUCAGCACCAGAUUUGGAUCCUACAACCUCACAGAUCACACAGGGCUCCCGCAGCCCAGAGUGCUUGGGUUUGGACGCGGUUGAGUGUGUGCCCCAGAGCUUCGCGUAUCCAGAGCAUCCCCAUUGCGAGGUAUUAAAAGGGUGAAAACCUGAGCAGACUGCAGUGUUCAGAGGUGGGUGACAAGGACGAUGGCUGUGACUGCACACGGGUGGCUUCAUCAGGAGAGAGACCAGGAGAGACCGCGCCACCUGGAGACUCAGCCAGCAAGGUCGUCACUGGAGGUGGACUCUCGGACCUCUGCAACUGUGAGCACCACAAACAAAGUGACAGCCAGGGCUGUCAGCUCAACUACUCGGGAGGCUGAGGCAGGAAGCUCAUGAGUUCCAGUCCUGUGAAACAAAAUUAAAAGAGGUACGAUGCAGCUCAGACGUAGCGCACAACUAGAUUUGCUUCCUAGCACUGCAAAAAGAGAGACCGAGGUCUUUUCUUUAUAAAGUUACCAGAGUCAGAGAGUUUGUUGUAGUAACACAGCAGACUAACACAGGGACUGACUGAGAGACUUUUCUUUUACAGUAGGGACAGCACCAUAAAGCCACAAUGAAUCUGAAAAGCCACGUGGGAGGACACUUAAUUUGUACUUCAGUGUUACAGCUUUUUAAUCCUUGCUGUCAGAGCUGUUCUGCUUUUAAACUUAUGCAAGUAGCAGCCAUGAGUAACCAGCUGAUGGUUUCACUUUAGGAUUUAGUGCACCAAUAUUUUUAGUUGGCUUUUUUUUUUAUAUUUGUUUUAUUUUAUUUUUGUGGUCCUGGGGAUCAAACCCAGGGCUUCAUGCAUGCCAGGCAAGCACUGUACCUCUGAGCUGAGGCCCCAACCUCUUAAUAAUCUUGUAGCAAUAACUAGGAAAAGCUAGCCAUGGGAGUGCAUGCCUGUAAACCCAGCACUAGGGAGGCUGAGGCAGGAGGAUUGUAAGUUCAGUGCCAGCUUGGCUGACAUAGUGGGACCCUGUCUCAGCCCCCCACCCACCCACCCACCCAUUAUAACCAGCAUGAAAGAAACAAGGCUGUGCAGGGUUGCUGACUCAGGUGUCUGCAUCCCUGGGGCAACUCUGGGCUCAUCCCAAUCUGCCAGGACUAAAAUGAUGUUUCUAUCUUGGUGGUCACUUUCAGAGCCACAACCUGCACAGGCUCUAGGACUGGACUCCAGACUCAAACAGAAGGGGUAUCCUGACAGGAAGCAACCCCAGAGAUUGCCUGGGAAAAGCCAGGCAUGGGGGUGCAUGGCUAGAUUCACAGGACUUGGGAGGCUGAGGCAGGAGGAUCACUGCAAGUCUGAGGCCAGCCGGGGCUACAGGGCAAGACCCUGUCUCCAACAAGAGAGACUGAGACUGAGACUGCCUGGAGGCCCCACUGCCUCUCAGUCAUGCACUGGCAAGGCCCAAAACCUAGAGGGAGCUCUCUGAACAGAGGCAAGGGUGGCCUGCGGCUUUGAACUGGAUGGGCCUGAGGUCCACUGACCCCUUUGCUUGAGCACCUGUUUCUGUUUCUCUCUGUGCUGAGCCCCAAGUCCUGAGCUCCCUUAACCAUCCUAUGCCACCCCGUGCCCACCUCUUGCCCUCUGACAGUGAUGCUAGUGCAUGGGCCUAGGACCAUGAUCCCCUCUUUCCAGGUCCAAUCCGUGCCAGCCUCUCCUGCCCAGGCUGCAUCUCAUGCCACCCCAGACAGCUUCUCAGAAUUCGUCACAGCCAAGUGCCUCACUGGGAGGAGCACUGGGCCAGGAGCAGAAGAUGGGAUCCUGGUCUCCUUUGUUCCUAUAUGGGUCCUUGGCCAGCUUCAGUUCCAUGCGCCGCCCACCAAAAGGGCCUGGCAGGUGCCUGGCUCCUGCCCAUCCAUUGGCCAGCCCAGGCACCUGGCCAGUGGGGCUCCAGGACUGGUCAUUCAUGUCCAAGUCCCUGUGUGGCUGUCCCUCUCUGAACCCAGCUCAGAUGCCCAGUCUCAGGGAGCCAGGCGAGUGAGGUAGGGACAGAUGGCUUCUCGCUGAGGGCUGGGGGAAUCCGAGCUGUCAGCGGCCACCCCUACCCUGCUCCAUACCUUCUCCACUGCAGCCAGUCCAGGCUUUGAAGGUGGAAGAAUGAAACCCCAGGCCUAGACACACAAACUCCUAGUGCCUCCUGUCCCAGCUCAACCCCUGGCUUGCACAUGGUCCCAGACUCAAUGGGCUUCAUUUGCUCUUCUGAGAAAUGAAGUCUGGAUGUACAUUUCUGACCCUGGCUUGUGGCCUCCAGAGAAGGUUGAGAAGAAACCUUUGAGCCUGCCCACAUACAAAUCCCCAUUUCACAUAUGAGGAAACUGAGGCCCAGCAGGGGAAAGGACUUGGCACCACUGUCUCAGCAAAUAGCAGGAUGUUUUGGGAAAGAAGCAAGAGAGACCAGGAGAGGUAGACAAGGGGCAGGUGCAGUGCCCCCUUACGGACCCCAGGGAGUGAGAUCGGCCCUCCUUCCCCUGCUCUGGCUGACGUGUCCCUUGCUAAGGACUCUUCCUGUUGAUACUGCAUUUCAUCUUCGUAACAGCGAGGGAGGGGUGUAUGUGAUCAUCUGUGUUUGGUUAAAAAGAAAAGCUUUUAGCCAAGUGUAGCGGUGCACGCCUGUAAUCUCAGUGCUCUGAGAGCUGAAGCAGGAGCAUUGCAAGUUCAAGCCCAGCCAGGGAAACAUAGUGAGAGCCUGUCUCAAAAAAUAAAAAUAAAAAAGGGUCAGGGAUAUAGCUCACGAAAGUCCUGGGUUCAACUCCCAAUUCUGAAAAAAGUUAUUUUUAAUUUUAAAAAAGUCGUGUUUUACAGACAAGCUGGAAGGUUCCGGCUGCUAAUGCAGAUGGAAUCUGUAGCGUGCUAACCCACAUCCAGCAGACCCAGGGGGACAUGUGGGGUAUUGUUGUCCUUUAAUGAUAAUUGUUUUACACAUAAAUAUUUGCAGGAAAAAUGGGAGGAGAGGACAUGAAAAGAAUCCCAAUGUGUCAUGUCCAGCUACCGCCCCCCCCCCGGAAUGUCAUCCUUGUGUUCUGUGAAUGCGCACUAAUAAAAAUCAGAAACUAAA